AGUCGGUUCACAUGGAGCGCUUAGAUUGUUAGUUCGUGCAGAAGACUAUUUGAGUCUCACGCGUCCGCCGGUAUCGGUGUGUGUGUGGUGUGUGUGUGUGUGAGAGAGAGAGAGAGAGAGAGCAGCUCGCUCUUAUUCGAGGACUGUUGCAAACUGGACAUUCCUGUGGCGGGAAAGCAGGAUCUCACAUCCAUGCUGCUGUGGAUUCCAGUAAAUGCGCUCGAGGAAUGCCGGCUAAACGAGCGAGAAGGUGAUCACACACCUGCCGAUCCUUGACAACAUGACAGCGGAGUUUAAUAACUUGUCGUCGCUCCUGAAUAACGUGACCGAGUUUUCAAACCACACGGCGAGAUGCUCGCUAACCAAGACUGGGUUUCAGUUCUACUAUCUGCCCAUCGUCUACAUCAUCGUGUUCCUCACGGGAUUCAUUGGAAACAGCGUGGCCAUAUGGAUGUUCGUGUGUCACAUGCGGCCGUGGAGCAGCAUCUCCGUGUACAUGUUCAAUCUGGCACUGGCGGAUUUUUGUUACGUACUCUCGCUGCCUUUUCUCAUCUUCUACUACUUCAACAAAACAGACUGGAUUUUUGGAGACGUGUUAUGCAGACUGCAGCGGUUCAUAUUCCACGUCAACCUCUACGGCAGCAUCCUCUUCCUGACGUGCAUCAGCGUGCACAGAUACUCCGGCGUCGUGCAUCCUAUGAAAUCGCUCGGCCGGCUGAAGAAGAAGAACGCCGUGCGCACCGUCGCUUUCGUGUGGUUUAUAGUGGUGGCGGGCAUCGCUCCGAUCCUCUAUUACUCGCGCACGGGCCCCAAGAAAGGAUACACCACGUGCUACGACACCACGACGGAGGAUGAGCUGCCUGGGUACUUCGUCUACAGCAUGUGCAUGACGGUGUUCGGCUUCUGCAUCCCGUUCAUCAUCAUCUUCAGCUGUUACGGAGGCAUCGUCAAGGCCCUCAUUUGCAACGACAUGGACAACGCGCCGCUGAGGAAGAAAUCCAUCUACCUGGUCAUCAUCGUGCUGACGGUUUUCGCCAUCUCCUAUCUGCCCUUCCACGUCAUGAAGAACCUGAACAUGAGGGCGCGACUGUACUUCCAGAGCCCGGAUAUGUGUGCCUUCAAUGACCGCGUGUACGCCACCUACCAGGUGACCCGAGGCCUGGCCAGUCUCAACAGCUGUGUGGACCCCAUCCUGUACUUUCUGGCUGGAGACACGUUCAGACGCAGGCUGUCCAGAGCCACCAAAAAGUCCUCCAGGAAAGGAGAUCAGCCUCUGCAGUCCAAGAGCGAGGAGACGGCACUGAACACCCUGCCGGAGUACGUCCAGAAUGGGGACAAUCGUGUGUGAGAGACGGAAACACCUUCCCUCACACUGAAGGGAAUUCAAAUAUUCGAAAUCAUCGUACUGUGGUCAGUGUUACUCGUGUAUUGCUUUUAACAUGUCAAUGUGAUUUUCCAUGGAACUGCGGAGCAACUGAAACUGAAUGACUAACAAUGUUUUAACAGUAACAAACAUAACAAGCACUGGCGUUUUAGUUGAGGAUGUUUGAGCACUCUUAAAGAUAAUAAAUGUUCUUGGCAUCGAAGGCUCCACGAAGAACCUUUAACCACUAUUCCUAACGAAAAUCAACCAUGGUUUUGUCAAAGUAAAACUGUGGGGUUUUUUGACUACCAUUUGUAUAACCACAACAAAACUAUGGUUUUUGUAGCAAUAACUACAAGAAACAUGGCUGUUUGGUUUUAUUCAUAGUAAAACCAUGGUUAAUUUUCAUAAGGGUAAAGGUUCUUUAUAAUGGAAAAAUGUUUAAAAUGCACUUCAUACUAAAAAACGGUGUGUCUUUUAUAGCCAAAAUCGGUUCCUCUAUGGCAUCACUGUGUGAAACUCCUUUUGAAACCUCUAUUUUUAAGAGUGAACGGCAGCACAUAUUAGUCCUUGUGUUCUGUUAUGUUCUCAGUGAAUAGUUAAGAUGCACUAAAGGUAUUUUAAAAUAAUUAAUUGUCUACCUGUGGCUGUAGAUUGUUGGAAGCAUCCGAGACGUGUUUGUGUAUUGAAGUUUGUUCAUUCUACUGUUACUGUAAAGAUGUGUGACUGCGUAGAUCAAAAAAUAUCAGCCCAUGAACUAUGAAGGGACUCUUAUAACCGUGUUUCAAAUAGUCGAAAAAUACUGUAUGUUCAUAAUGUAUUCUCUUUAAUGAUCUGUAUUAUUUAAAGCUAAAACAAAUACAGAGACUUAAAUGAAAAA